CACCCAUCACCAUCACCAUCCACAAUGUCAUCCCAACCGCCUUCUCAGGAAGAACUUCAGCGCCUCAUAGGCGCUCCACCUCUUCGUAGCCGAGCGUCUGGGCUCAGCCUGCGCUCCGUCAGCAAGCGCGUUUUUGACGCCAUCUCACCCAUCUCACCCUCCGACGCGGCUGCCGAAAUCGACGCCGCUAGACAGGCCAGCAUCCGCUACCGUUUUACCGAAGGAGAAGCUAGUGGUGAAGCCGCUGUUGCGCCAGCUGCGGAGUCGGUGACGGAACCACCUGCACAACCCGAGGCAGGGGCCAGUCAGCGAAUUGGAAGACGUGCCAGCUUCGCCGAGUACGCCAACUUCCUUCGCACCCGCUAUUCCCAUCCGUUCACCCCAACGGUCCCUCCACCCAAUCGCGCAGUUGAAGCACAGGCCGAGGCUUUCAAGAAGCUCGCUCAGAGUGUCAUCGCCGACUUCAAGGCCGCACACAUUGUCGUGGACUGGAAUGCUGUCGUCGAAGCUGUCAGCCGCGUCUUGCCCAUUGCAGCAAUGUACCCAACAGCCGCGCAGAUCCUCCUCGAAGGCAUUGAGAACCAUCAGAGCUGGUCGGCCUCAACGGAAGCAUUGACUCCCCUUUUUGGACUUGUCGAUACCAGUCUCACUUCCUACACUUUUCCUGAGAAUGCUGUGGGAUUCUACGUCCGAACCCGAGCCCUUACCGUCGGCGAUUUGGAGCUUGUGAUUGACCUCUUUGAGAAGAAUUUCCAUCACCGCGGCUUUGUGGACAAAAUGAGGGAGCUUAUUGCUGAAGCGCUGCAACAAGGCAAAGGCACCAUCUACCUCCGCUACGUUGGGACCUGCCAGUCACCAACAACACCCAAUACCAGAUUGGAAGACGACGUUUCGACCGCUACCGCGCUCUUUGGGAAGAUUCACGUGUGCAUCGAGACCAUUGCUGCAGAAGGGGAACUAGAAAGCACUGCCGGAUGGUCCAUUCACGAGUUUGUACCUGCGCGCCUCACCUCGACCAGCACAGACCCGCUCAACGACCUCUACACCGAGAGAGUCUUGAUCUCGCUGUUUGGAUACAGUAACCUCAUCAAUGUCCAGAGGGGGGGGUUCUAUCCCUCAUAUCAACCGACAACGGCAGACCAGCAUCUAUUCCAAUCGCUGGGAACCGGCGUCGGUCAGAUAUUGUCCCAGUCAUCCCUCCUGAAUGAUGCCUGGUACAGUGUGACACUCUUGCGGAAGGACCCGCCGCAAACAACGUUCACUACCGCCAUUCAGCAACAUUUUGCCCACGUCUUUGACACGGUGAUUCGAAACAACCCGGAGACGAUUGCCAAUCUAGACUUUGAUGCGCGAUGCAACGAGUACUUGCGCAAAAGCACUGUGCUUCAGGCAACUCCUUGGACUACUCCUGUGAGAGGAAAUGGAACUCUCUGCGUGCUCGUUGGGAAAGACCUACCCUUUGAGGCCUCAACGCAUCUGGGAGAUGUGAGGUUUUUAUUCGGCCCGUCAAGGGCUGGAUCUCUCGCCAGAUCUAUGUUGCUGAAUCUGCUCGAGUGGGAAGGGUUGGGCAGUGCCGCCGCCCAAAGAAUCCUUGAUUUGCUGCGGUUCGUGGACCUAUGCCCCUGGCUUGUGCUGAUACUAGCACUGAAAGCAGCCGAUCUCCUCAGCCAAUACCUCACCACAGUGUCCCCAUGGGUCACUAUCGCCUUCUCGUCCCUGGUAUCCCGGACACUCAUGAAAGGCUUUCAAUUCUUUGGGGAUCUUACCGGACAACGGGCAAAAACAACCUUGUUAGAAGUCGUUGGCACCAUCCACGUUACUUCGUUCGACAAUCAAUGGCUAGAAGAUCCCACGGCCAGCGAAGCCCCUGACUCCUCCUACACGGUAGUUAUCUCACACUACCACCCAGGCCGCAACAAAUACGGUGAACAGCAUUCCACUCUUCGCCGUGUUCUUCUUCUCACUUGGAUGGCUACGUUUGUGUUGCUGGAAGAGGCCGCAAAGCUCGUUGGUGCUGAUUCUCAGGAAGGCGGAACUCGGCGCCAGAUUUGCCAGCGGAUCAAGGCAAAUACCGAUGUCAGAUUGGCAGCUAGCGGGUUCACGGCAGCUUUUGCGACGGCAAAGAAGGAGUUUGCGCAACGCCUAGCAGAACACGCUGCUGCAACCGUUGGAAGAGUCACACCACUCACCGAAGAUGCACGCGCUCUCCGCCGUGCACGCCGUGCCCUUAACCGAGCUCUCAGUCAUUCAUCAUUUUUCGCUGUCGGAGCACCGGGGUCGCAGGCACGCCAACAGCAACUCGAGGCAAUCUAUGCCAAACGCCGUCCUGAAUUCGGAUUGUAUGUCCCCUACAUCCCGAAAGAGCAGUGGAUGGCAUGGAUGAAUGGGCGCGCGGCAGGGACAUCCUACAUCACCGCAACAAUCGGAGCUGUAGCUGCGGCGCAAGCAUCUACUGCUCCUAUGGACAUCUUCGUUCGUUCCCUUGGCUUGGACCCUUCCUCGGCAACCCCAGUCCAGAUUACGGCGGAAAUGGAUAAGCGUCAGAUCGCCCUUCAACAAGCACGUAGCGCGUCACCGAGGUUCCAGCGAGCCCAGCAAACGCGGAUGCUCACCCGGCAUGGGCGGGAUGCAGAGGCCGUCUUAGCCGCCUCGGAAUUGCCCCUCCAGGGCCAGCAGGUCUCCUUACAUCCUCGCGCAAUCAGCUUCUAUGGCAAAGUCGACGGCGAGAAAAGCGUGCGAAUGCAAAUCAACGUCGGCCAAAGCAUACUCACCCGCAACCCUCGCUUGGACUUUCGCCUUGGGGGCAUUGGUCUUCUUGCCGAGGACGAUGGUGCUGACCUCGGGAUCGUUGCAUCCGUUGAGAACAUGCCGUUCAUGCAAGGCCAUGGUCACAAUCUGCUGAAGGUCUGGCAGAAGGAGCUGGAGCGCAUCCUUGGCCGUCCGCUGCGUCCACAUGAGCUGCCCCACCUUUCGGAAGCUGGACAACAACUGGAUCCACAUCUUCCUACUUGGGCCGCUCGAAGGACAAAGUAUCCCAUCAAGCCCGUUCUGCAAACUACCGCAAUCUGGCUUUUUCGGCAAUGGCUAGACAGUGCUUUCCCCGAUGACGUCAAUCUCCUCUACUUCCACUGGAAGGAUCAAAACUUGCCCUUCACGGCCGACUUCCCUGCCUGGAUCGAUCAGCAGUACCCGCUGCAUCCUUGGGCGAACUGGUGGAAGAAUUUCAUGGCCCGCACAAAGUCAACCAAUGUGGCCAAAGGAUGCAUCACCGCUUUGCGUGGGAAAAUCAAAGCGGGCCUCCAGUACCGGGUUGAUGCAGAUACAAUGGGCCGCAUCUGGGAAUUCGGGGCACCUCGCGUUGAUGAUUUGCUUGAUUGAGUGAUGGCGUAUGCUUUGUGUUGUCGUACGUAGGUUAGUCUGUC